UCUCUGUUUGAGAAAGAUAAUGAUGACAGCUAUUCUGAGAGGAGGCAGGCAGAAGAUAUGUGGUAUAAGAAGAAUAUCAUACCUCCUGCCAUCAUGUUCAAGGAAUACUUCUCUUGGAGGUCGAAUAGCUAGUGCAGCAAGAAGCCUCCAUACGUAUGGACAAGAGCCAAGUCAGCGAGAUGAGCAAGGUAGACUGCUCUCCCGCGUGUCAGGACCAACGAAAGAACCACUCCCCGAAGCCACUUUGGCACAAUUUUGGCAAGAACGUGUAAGGAAGCACGAGGAUAGACCCGCACUGAUCGUUCGACAUGAGCCAUCAAAUCAUCAUAACAUAAGCAAUACUGGAAAAGCUUCUGACGAUUCGUGCAUCCGAUGGACAUUUGGAGAAAUGGACGAGCAUAUACGUAAACUAGUGCGAGGAAUGCGAUCGCUAGGUGUACGUAAAGGAGAUCGGGUUGCGGUCUUGAUGAUGAAUAGUUCUAAUAUGGCAUCAUUACAAUUUGCAACGGCAUUCAUUGGUGCGAUCUUGGUCACUUUGAAUCCUUCAUAUACUGCCAAAGAGCUGCUACGAGCUCUCAAUCAUGUGGAAGCAAAGUACUUGUUCAUCGUUCCUUCUUUGCGGUCAUCGAAUUAUUUGGACAACUUACAUGCUAUUUUGCCCUCUUUGGCUUCUGGUAGUGGCUCUGAAGGUGACAGAACUAUUCUUCAAGAUGAAAGUUGUCCGACACUAGAGCACAUUGUCCUAGUCGAUAAUCUGACUGGAAGGCCGAAAGGAUGGGAAUCGGAAAGUGUGCUGGGGAUGCAAAAAGGAUACACAUUUGAAUCUGCUCUAGAAAGACUCAACGGGAGAGGGAUUGAUUAUCGCUCUUUGCUUCUAUCACAAGAUUCAGGAAGUGGAAGAGACAGAGUUCAUAGCGAAGAAGAGGAAGGUAUAAGCAGUAGGGAUAUAAUCAAUUUGCAGCUGACAAGUGGUACGACUGGAGCACCAAAAGCCGUUUCUCUUUCUUCUAGGAAUUUGGUCAACAAUGGAAUCAUGUUGGGAAACGUCAUGCAUUUGACAGACAAAGACAUCUUGACAAAUGUUCCACCCUUGUUUCACUGCUUCGGUUUGACGCUGGGCAAUCUGGCUGCCUGGUCACGAGGAUCGUGUAUCUUGUAUCCUUCAGAAGGCUUUCAACCUGUUCGUACAUUGCGGGCUGCAUCACAAGAGAAAGCAACUGCUAUUCAUGGUGUGCCGGCACACUUCAUUGCCGAAUUGGACAUCUUGCGAAGGGUGAGAGAGGCAGAAAGGGAUGGGAAAUGGGAUGAAGAAUUAACGCAAAAGUAUGGAAUAGAUCCUGAUGAAAAGUGGGAAUUUUGCCUGCGAACAGGAUUCACAAGUGGAUCUACAGUCCCGAUUGAAUUGAUGCAUGCACUUAUGGAUGAUAACCUUUUAGGUGCAAAAGAACAAACAGUCGUUUAUGGAAUGACGGAGACCAGUCCUGUAAGCUUUGCAUGUGAUACGGAUGCACCAGUACGAUCUCGAUGUGAAACGGUCGGAAGGAUCGUCUCACAUGCUCAUGCAAAGAUUGUCGAUCCAGAAGAUGAAAGUGGAAAAGCACUUCCGGUCGGUCAAGUUGGUGAAUUGUGUACUGGAGGGUAUUUGAUCAUGGAAGGCGGAUAUUGGAAUGAUGGGAAAAAGACAGAUGAAGUAUUGCAAAAGCAUCCUGAUGAACCCGAGAUUACUUGGAUGCGAACGGGCGAUUUAGCGGUAAUUCAUGAAGAUGGAUACACGGAGAUCAGAGGACGGGUGAAAGAUAUGAUUAUCAGAGGAGGUGAAAAUUUGACAGCAACAAGUAUUGAGAACUGCAUUGAUACACUACCCGGAGUUACCAGCUCAGCAGCAGUUGCUGUUCCUGACGAAAAGAUGGGAGAAACGGUUGGUGUAUUUAUCAGUGUAGCAAGUCAUCUUUCAGGGGAUGUCGCUUCAUCUUUGACACCAAUCAACGUUCGUGCCCAUGUCAAAAGUCAAAUUUCACCGCAAUGUGCGCCUGAUUGGGUUUGGUUCUUGGGAAGAGAAGGUGUUGAAGAAAACAUGCCGACAACGGCUUCUGGAAAGGUUCAAAAAGUAAUUUUGAGGAAAUGGGCAAAAGAUUUAGCAGAAAGGGAAGUGGGAAGGGCGAAAAAGAAGCCGUGA